GAAUAUUGCCUUCGUCAGAUCCUUUCCUUUGGCUUCUUUAACUCUGUGUUACCAGAAGUAUGCAGCACAUUUCAAGUGACAUUUACUCAAGGUUAUGACAACAAGUAGCUGUCUCCUGGUGAUGCAUAUGUUCCGGCCUUUCCCCAUCCAAGAAUCAUUCGCUUGCUCUUCUUCAGAACUCACGGGUCAUUUGCUUCCUCUUCUUCAAAGCUCGUUCCUUCUCAACCAUCUUGGCUGGAAAGAUCCCACUUCAGAGCUGAAGAUCUUCCUUCACGAAGAAAAUAUUCUGAAGAACCAAUCAAGAUUUCUGUCUGUCCAAGUCCAAGCACCAUCCCUGUCUUAACCCCAAGCAGAAAGAAUGAAGCACAUUAUCACUCCAUAUGAACACACCAAUGACACAGCAAGAAACAAUUCAGAUUGCCCUGAUGUAGUUUUGCCAGAAGAGAUAUUUUUCACAAUCUCCAUCAUUGGAGUUCUGGAGAACCUGAUUGUCCUCCUGGCUGUGGUCAAGAAUAAGAACCUCCAGUGCCCCAUGUACUUUUUCAUCUGCAGUUUGGCCAUUUCUGACAUGUUGGGCAGUCUGUACAAGAUCUUGGAAAAUAUCCUCAUCAUGUUCAGAAACCGGGGUUACCUCCAGCCUCGUGGCAACUUUGAAAGCACAGCAGAUGACAUCAUUGACUGCAUGUUCAUCCUCUCUUUGCUGGGCUCUAUCUUCAGCCUGUCUGUGAUUGCUGCUGACCGUUACAUCACCAUCUUCCACGCCCUGCAAUACCACAGCAUUGUGACCAUGCGCCGCACCAUCAUCACCCUAACAGUUAUCUGGAUAUUCUGCACAGGGAGUGGCAUCGCCAUGGUUAUCUUCUCCCACCACGUCCCCACGGUGCUCACCUUCACGUCACUCUUCCCUUUGAUGCUGGUUUUCAUCCUAUGUCUCUACAUUCAUAUGUUCUUGCUUGCCCGCUCCCAUGCUAGAAAGAUCUCUACUCUUCCCAGAGCCAACAUGAAAGGGGCCAUCACACUGACUAUCCUUCUUGGAGUCUUCAUCUUCUGUUGGGCCCCCUUUAUCCUCCAUGUCCUCUUAAUGACCUUCUGCCCAAAUAACCCUUACUGUGUUUGCUACAUGUCUCUCUUCCAGAUCAAUGGCAUGUUGAUCAUGUGCAAUGCAGUCAUUGACCCCUUUAUAUAUGCCUUUCGGAGCCCAGAGCUCAGGGAUGCAUUCAAAAAGAUGUUUUCCUGCCACAGGUAUCAGUAGACUUUUUGAUCCCUGAUUUAAAUAAUGUAAAGAGACCAAACGGCAUGACAGUCUGACAAGUGAUGAUGCAUCUUAGCAGCCUUUCUUUCUUUAAUAGAUGGAGACAAUCAAUUAAACUGACUAGUGUUUAGCAUAGCUGGCUUUCUAAUGAAGUAUUACUGCAGCUGCAAACUUUAUAUUGUAUCUAGAGAGAUGAAAUGGUAGGCUAAAUAGGACAGUAUACGAAGUACACAUCAAUACAAAUGUGAGGAUUUGGGGUUAAGCAAGUAUUUGUUCUUCUGUGGGUACCUGGAAAACUGUCCUGGAAGGCCUUUCCAGGUCAGAAACCAUGACAACCAAUUCUCCAACUAAUUAAAUGUGUUGGUUAGAUUCCUAUUUCUGUGGCAAAUGCAUGCAAUCGAUCAACUUUGAAAGAGGAAAGAUCUAUUUGGGCUCAUAGAUUGAGAUGGUUUUUGGUCCAUGACACCUGGCUAUUGGUUGGACCUAUGAUGAUGCAGCAUAUCACAAUGGAAGCAUGUAGCAAAACAGCGUACAGCAGCCAGAAACCACAGUAAAGAAGCAAAGACGGGUCUCUGAUAGUCUUCUUUGCUGGUAAAACCUCAAUGAACUAAGAUUUCCCACCUCUUAAAGGCCACCUUCUGGUAGCAGCACACCAAAGACCACGUCUUUAACACAUGAGGAUCAUUUACCUAAACCACAAUGGAGAAUGACUCAGUGUAGAAACUAUAGUGUUCUUGUAAGACAAAGAUGUCACAGAUAAAUAAUCUAUCACCCAUGUAGCCAGCCUUUGAAUUUCCAAAAACAAACAAAUCUUCACUAUGAAUAUUCUUGGCUCACUCAGGAUCCCACUUACUCUCAAAAUCUCUUCCUGCUUCAAUUUCCUCAAGCUUUAAAAACAAAAAUUUCAAGAGUGAAGUCAAAUUUUAACCUAUUUGAGUCUAGUUCAGGAGUAUGCAAUGUCUGUUGUCUUAGAAGAAGUAUGGCCAAACAGUGUGUCUGUCCAAAUGUAUGAGUAAUGCCCCUGAAACUGUAUUUCAUAGGAAAAGAAUGAAGAGAGGAAAGGACGUAUAGAGGGGGAAAAAGGAGAGGGAAGGAGGAAGAGAGAUAAGAGAUAAGAGAGAGAAACAGAGUCAGAAUCAUGUUUUUGAGUAUGGAAAAACCAAGACCAAAACAUUUCAAGCAUGCUGUUACUAGAGACCCAAGCCAAAGAUAUGAUGAAAAAAUUCUUUUUUCUUCAUACGCAAGUCCUAAAGGUAGGCACAUCAAAUUACUGAUAAUUACAUUCUGCAUGCACUACUAGAUGUCCAAUAUUAAAACACGGCAUUCUAAAUAGUAGUAAAAGAAACAAACUCUAAAUUUUACCCAUUAAUAUCAUAGCUAAAGAAGAGGCUCAAUAGGCAGUAGACUGCAACAGCAAGUCCUUGCUAAACUGGAAAGAGCUGUCAGUGAUAAAAGGAUUCAGGAGCUUCUCUAGCCUCCCAGGAUUCACAGCAUCUCCUGGAAGAGACAGCAUCUCGCCUUCCGUCUCCAAUUCCUAUCAUAUAAGAACUUCUGAGGAAACCAAAGAAAAAGAUGUAUGAUACAAAAAGUAUGAUUUAUAAGGGCUAAAGAUGUGCUGGAGACAGCAAAAUAGAAGAAGCUCAUACUUAAGAGAGGGGAAAGGUCUUACAUGCUAAGCUGGAAAAGCGUGGGACAUGGCCAACCAGAGACGCAGGCUUUCUCAAAGACUGACAUGUUCAACACAACUAAGAACAGCUCUGUCCUGAAUGGUUUAGGAUGUAUGCUAGUGUCACCUGGAAGGGAAAAACGUGGGAGUUAUAACCAGGACAGCUGUUGUGUCUGCAGGGAUGCCUCUGAGCUCAGCGGUGUUUCCCAAGGACCGAUGUGAGAAGACACCACAAACAGGACACAGAGCUUAGACAUGGAGGAACGGGGCCUUGAAAGGCAGAGGAAAUGUCUGAGAUUUAAGGGAGGGAGUUAGGGGUGUGAGUCUGCACAGCUGUGCCACAGGUUGUAAGGAAACCCACACAUGUCCUCUUUCAUUCUGUGGAAAUCUUCAGUUUUUUUGUCCUACCUUUCCAAAUGGAUUGCAAAUUCUUCUAUUGUAUAUGACACUGUGUAUGCUUAACUUUUAAAAUGUUAUUUCUGCCCUUGAAAGACUAACGGAGCACAUAUGCUUCUGUAUUAAGCCAGGUGUUCUCAAUAAAACAUAACUUUUUCUC